AUGAACAAGAUUCCCAAGUUGUCGCCCCAAGCCCUUCCGAGGUACUGGGUGUGUUGUUUCUCCGUAAAUCAGCACUCCACCAUCUGCGGAGAGAAUCUGACUGGUGACAAGGACCCCGUGACGGGGCUCCAGCACCCAACUUGCUUUUGCAAUCUGCCGAAGACUCUCAACCAGACGCCACCGCUCGAUGACACUGGUAAGAGCAUAAGUUGCGAGCUGAAUAAGUUUGACAGCAUGAUGAGCUACCUGGCAUGUCGGCACGAACUGCAGCAGGUCAUUGCUAUCGAUGCCAGCUUUUGCUUGUUCCAACGUGCCUGGUGCAUUGCGGAGCUUGUUGAGGCCCACAAGAACAUGAUUCCACAACAUCUGAAGGUCUUCUCUAGGUCCAAGCUGUAUGGUACGGAGGAGCAGCUGAGAGAUCUCAGAGUUCAAGACAUGAAGGCCACCAGGUCUGAGGAUGUGGAUGAAAUUCUCUGCAAAAUUCCAGACAAAGAUGCCUUUAACCAAUUCCUGCAGCAUUUGAUUUUCGACACAGGGGGCUUGCUGGAUCAAUGGCAUCGAGGGGAUGCGUCCCAGCAGAUGGGAGGCGUCGGCCGCCUCCUGAAAUGGAGCCGCUCAGGAUUUGACAUCUGGCCAUUGUGGGAAUACUGA